AUGACUGAUCCCGAAACUCCAGCACCAGUACGUGCUGAGGAACAAGCAGUCGUGUCAGCUGACGCACUGAGAGCUUCCCACGCUGAGUGUUGCAUCCUCAGUACUUCGGGGCACAGAGCUGAGAGAGGGGGCACUGUGGGAGACAGGGAGGUGAUGGAAGCUGGCAGAGGCCCCAGGACUGCCAGCCACAGAAGGCAUGGUAGGCGGGAGCAGGGGGACACCAAGCUGGUGCUGUGGAGCAACCAGGAGCUGGUGGGCUGCACGGGGCUGAGUUUUUUACCUAAUGUCAUUUUUCUGGUCCAGAAUCCCAUCCAGGAUGCCAUGCUAUGGGGCUUCAAGGCGCAUUCCUGGGCCACUUCAGAACCAGAGUGUUCUCUGGAGCAGGUGCUGGUUGAGGGAGAGAUCGGCCUGAGGUUGGAACUCUGGGACCAGGCGGCUCCUCUCCCGGCAGACUCGCUGGGAAUUUCCCUGGGCCCAGUUGGUGAGAGCACCACUCCAGCAGCAUCUGGUUUGGGGGUUUUCUCUGAGUCUGGCCCCAGCGGGUCUGGAGGCUCCCCGGACCCUGGAUGGAACCUGGUUUGGGGAGAUGGUGCCUUGGCCAGCCCAGCACGAGCCAGGAUGAAACCUUUGAUUCAUGAACUGCUGGAUUUUGGUGGAUUUAGUGACCUGGUUUCCAAUUGA